AUGGUGCUGAAGCAUCUCGGAAACAAGAGGAACCACCACAUGGACAAGCUGACCUGUCUGGAAGAAGCGCAGCCAGGAUGCUCCUUAGAGGCCAGGACGACUUUCCGGAUGAAGAGAUGCCCGGCAGAGAAGCAGAAGCCGGUCGGUGAGCCCGUGGGUGCAGACAUCGACGAGUGUGAGAACGACUACUACAACGGGGGCUGUGUCCACGAGUGCAUCAACAUCCCGGGGAACUACCGGUGCACCUGCUUCGACGGCUUCACGCUGGCGCACGACGGACAUAACUGCCUGGAUGUGGACGAGUGCCAGGACAACAACGGCGGCUGCCAGCAGAUCUGCGUCAAUGCCAUGGGCAGCUACGAGUGCCAGUGCCACGGCGGCUUCUUCCUCAGCGACAACCAGCACACCUGCAUCCACCGCUCCAACGAGGGCAUGAACUGCAUGAACAAAGAACACGGCUGUGCCCACAUCUGCCGGGAGACGCCCAAAGGGGGGGUGGCGUGCGACUGCAGGCCCGGCUUUGACCUUGCCCCAAACCAGAAAGACUGCACACUGACCUGCAACUAUGGAAACGGAGGCUGCCAGCACAGCUGUGAGGACACGGACACAGGCCCCACGUGUGGCUGCCACCACAAGUACGCCCUGCACACAGACGGCCGGACCUGCAUCGAGAAGCAUGAGGCUGCAAUUGAGCGCUCUCGGUCCAAUGCCACGUCACUAGCUGAUGUGGACAAGCGGGGGAAGCGCCAGCUGCUCAUGGAGACCUGUGCGGUCAACAACGGAGGCUGCGACCGGACGUGCAAGGACACAGCCACCGGCGUGCGCUGCAGCUGCCCCGUGGGAUUCACGCUACAGCCAGACGGGAAGACGUGCAAAGACAUCACCGAGUGCCUUGUGAACAACGGGGGCUGCGACCACUUCUGCCGCAACACCGUGGGCAGCUUCGAGUGCAGCUGCCGCAAGGGCUACAAGCUGCUGACCGACGAGCGCACGUGCCAGGACAUCGACGAGUGCUCCUUCGAGCGCACCUGCGACCACGUCUGCAUCAACUCCCCUGGAAGCUUCCAGUGUCAGUGUCACCGCGGCUACUCGCUCUACGGGACCACCCACUGCGGAGACGUGGACGAGUGCAGUGUGAACAACGGGAGCUGCGACCAGGGCUGCGUCAACACCAAGGGCAGUUUCGAGUGUGUCUGCCCACCGGGGCAGCGCCUCCACUGGAACCGGAAGGACUGUGUAGAGACAGGCAAGUGCCUCUCUCGGGCGAAGGCCGCGCCCCGGGCCCAGCUGUCCUGCAGCAAGGCGGGUGGUGUGGAGAGCUGCCUGGUCACCUGCCCGGCCCCCACGCUUUUCAUCCCAGACUCGGAGAGCAGCUUCAUCCUGAGCUGUGGUGUCCCGGGUCUCCAGGGCAAGAUGCCGCCGAAGGCCAACAGCUCCAGCCCCGCCUCCGGGCCCGGCUGCCCAGAUGCCCCCACACCCCCCAUCAAGCAGAAGGCCCGCUUCAAGGUCAGAGAUGCCAAGUGCCACCUGCGGCCGCGCAGCCGCGAGCGAGCCAGGGAGGGUCCCCGGCAGCCACUACUGGACCAUGGCCACGUGACCUUCCUGUCCCUCAAGUGUGACUCGUCCAAGAAGAGGAGGCGCGGCCGCAAGUCCCCUUCCAAGGAGGUGUCCCUCCUCACCGCAGAGUUCGAGGUGGAGCCAAAGGUGGAGGAGGUGUCAGACUCCUGCACGCUGGACUGCGUGCGGAAGCGGGCGGAGCAGAGCUUACAGGCCGUCAUCAAGGCCCUGCGGAAGUCAGUCAGCCGGCAGCAGGUCUACGUCCAGGUCUCUGGCACGGAGUACGAAGUGUCCCAGCGGGUGGCCAAGGCCAUGGAGGGGCAGGGGACGUGCAGCCCGGGCCAGGUGCCCCAGGAUGGCAAGUGCGUAAGCUGUGGACCCGGCACCCACUUCAGCGGCGAGCGUGGCCAGUGUGUGCCCUGCCCGCCAGGGACCUACCAGGACAUGGACGGCCAACUCGGCUGCAUACCUUGUCCCAGCAGCGACGGGCUCGGCCUGGCAGGCACCCGCAACGUGUCCGAGUGUGGAGGCCAAUGCUCACCCGGCUUCUUCUCCGCUGAUGGCUUCAAGCCCUGCCAGGCCUGCCCCGUGGGCACCUACCAGCCGGAGCCGGGCCGCACUCGAUGCUUCCCCUGUGGAGGCGGGCUGCUCACCAGGCUCCAGGGCGCCACCGCCUUCCAGGACUGCGAGGCCAGAGUGCACUGCUCACCGGGCCACCACUACAAUGCCACCACCCACCGCUGCACCCGCUGCCCCGUUGGCACCUACCAGCCGGAGUUUGGCCAGAACCACUGCAUUGCCUGCCCGGGCAACACCAGCACCGACUUCGACGGCUCCACCAACAUCACACACUGCAAGAACCAGCACUGUGGGGGCGAGCUGGGUGACUACACAGGAUACAUCGAGUCCCCCAACUACCCGGGCGACUAUCCAGCCAACGCCCAGUGCGUGUGGCACAUUGCACCACCCCCCAAGCGCCGGAUCCUCAUCGUGGUCCCCGAGAUCUUCCUGCCCAUCGAGGACGCGUGCGGCGACGUGCUGGUCAUGAGGAAGAGCGCUGCCCCCACGUCCGUCACCACCUACGAGACCUGCCAGACGUACGGGCGGCCCAUCGCCUUCACCUCCCGCUCCCGCAAGCUCUGGAUCCAGUUCAAAUCCAACGAAGCGAACAGUGCCAAAGGGUUCCAGGUGCCCUACGUCACCUACGAUGAGGACUACCAGCAGCUGAUCGAGGACAUCGUCCGCGAUGGGCGGCUGUACGCCUCGGAGAAUCACCAGGAAAUUCUGAAAGACAAGAAGCUGAUCAAGGCGCUCUUCGACGUGCUGGCGCACCCGCAGAACUACUUCAAGUACACGGCCCAGGAGUCCAAGGAGAUGUUCCCCCGCUCCUUCAUCCGGCUGCUGCGCUCCAAAGUCUCCCGGUUCCUGCGGCCCUACAAAUAACGCGCGCGCCCGCUGCCCCGCGUGCGGGCCGCGGUGCACGGGGGAAGGGUGGGGGGCGCGCCCGCGGCCCGGGAGGCCUGCCCCCACGCAAGCUGCUCAGGGCGGCCCCGAGCCAAGUUGUCCGCCCUCCAGGAAAGCUGGCCAGCCCCGAGGAGCGUCUGAGGGCCGGCCGGCCGGGGCGGGGGAUCCUGGUUUGAGCAUCUCCCCUCCCUACCUCCCCUGGUCUGCGCCAGGAAGAUGUGCGCUCGCAGCCCGCACCAGAGGACGCACGUGCUCUCUGCAGGGCCCGGGAGCGAGCGCGGCUGCAGCCCGGCCAGCGGUCCGGUCUGCAGGGACUGUAGUAUCCGGCGGUGGGGGCGCUCGCCCCCCCACCCCGGGUCACGGGGGGUGGGGGGCGCACAGCCGAGGAUGUGUUGGCUUCCGCAGGCCUUUGGGGUGGCCAGAGAAGGCUGCGAGGGGAGGAAGCUGUAGAUGUCGCUUAUCCGUGGUCGAGCAGCUAAUGAAGUACACUAUAUAUAUUAUAUAAAUAUAAAGCUAUAUAUACUUCUACUCCCGGAUACUUUAAGGAGGGCCUUCCACUACUGUAAAUAUCCCGUCCGUUCCGAGCCACGCCCCCUGCCCCUGACCACCUCGGGACCCAGGGUGUUGGGGGUGGGCUUCCAGCUCAGCUAGUGGGCCCAGUCCAGCCCAAGGGUGGGCCUGGGGUGGGGCUCUUCCCCCGCAGGGAGUGCGUAGAAGGAGCCUGGGCUCCGGACCCCAAGGAAGUGUGUGGGAGUCUGGUGGUGCCUGCAGGUCACAGAAAGCCGCGCCUUUCUUACGCGGGCCCAGGUUGUUCAACCAGAAGAAGCCUUUAAGACAGCAGCCCCAUGCCUGGACUUCACACAGGAGGAAAAUGGGGGCGCAGAGGGGGCUGGCAGCGCCCCAUUACCCCCACCAACUCCAGCACACAGCAAGUCACCAAGAUAGACUCCACCCCUCACAGAAGCCCGAGGGCGUGGCCAAGCCACAAGCCCACCGCUGGACCCCACGCCUGGCAUGGCAGCGCCCAAGCCCAGCUCUCACGCUCCUGUGCUGGGAUGGCCUGAGCCUGGAUCACGACCUCGCCACAUGGCCGCGCUGGAGGACACACAGAGGAAGCGGCCCAUGUUGGUUAUAGAACACCAGUUCCCACUGCUCCCUGUCCCUACGCCUCCUUCCCGGGCUCUGCUGACCUCUCAGAAGUGACCGCACUCUGGGAAUCGGGCCACUGAGGACUGUGACACUUGUGGGCAGGUGCAGAGGCUUGGGCCAGCGACAAAGCCGACCGGCGAUGGCAAUGUGCAAGAAAGGGCUGAGUGCCCAAGCAUGUACCAUCAGGAGGCAAGCCAGAAACUCUGCGUCUACCCCAUCCCCUACCCUCAGUUCACCCACCUUCUGUUCACACCGAGCUCCAGCCCAGGGGCCUGCCUCGGGGGUCAGCCAGCACCAUGCAUGCGACCAGCAGGCCCAAUCAUGGCCAGGCUCCCCCUCCCCGCCAGACCACAGUCCCCCAGACGAGGGCCGGGAGGGACGCAGCCCAGGGCUGCCUUGGACUUCAUUUCCAUGCCUCCGAAGCCCAGAGCACUCCGUGGGCCUCGUGGGAUUGUAUGUGGGGACCCUUUGCUGUCUGUAUUUUUACAAUAAAAGGAAGGAAACUGA